UUAUUUUUUUAUUUUUUUAAUGUAAUCAGCUAAAGAAAUACAGUUUAUUUUAUAUUUAAAAUGAUUAAAUUAAAUUUUUCAAAAUGAAUUAUAUAUAUCCAAAUAAAUUUAGAAGUAGGAAGAUGAAAUUCUACAAUCCUACUUUUAAUUCUACUAAUCUAGUGCCAGUGAAAUUGAAAAUCAACUGAACAGUGAGAGAAACUCUCAUAUGGAAAUAAUGGAAGACGAAGGCAGAGGCGAGGGUUCGAGCCCUCUCGCUACAGUCGAACAGAUCCAAAGACGCCUCGUUCGACCUACCACCUCUCUGCACUCUCACUCAUCCACCACCAUUAUCACACCUUGGGAUGAUGUGAAUUCGACGGAGUUUCAGAGGAUAAAGCGAGAAGGCGCGAAGAGAGAAGUGACGAACAAGAGGCUUGAGGAUUACUUGGAUCCGGUUCUUCUCUCUGCAAUUCGUAGGAAAAUUGGCGGCAAGAGCAAAAGAGAUGGAGGUUUGAAAUUGAAGAGAGAGUUUGAAUGGCCAAUUGAUGGAUUGAAAGUGUUCGCAGAGGAUUUGAGGAGAGAGAAAGGAAUGAAAUGGAGGAGUAGUGUUGGUGGAGCUGUUGAUCUCGACGAGGAUCGGGAUUUGAUCGGAGGUGGUGGAGAGGAUGACGAAGAAGAACAAGUCUCGUGUACUCCGUUUCAACGGUUCGAGAGAGCGGCGUUGAAGCGCUUCAAGGGGGUGGGUGAAGGAUAAGCAGGGGAGUAGGUGACGGAUAAGAUUAUGGUCUGGCUGGGUACUCGCAUUGUUGCUCUGACUUCUUGAAGAACACAUAUAGUGUGAACUGGAUACUGUAUAGCAUACGCAUUAUGCGUACAGUAAGCAGGGACAUGGGUCUCGUGUUGUGGAUGAA